AUGGAGGCUGCUACAAUGCCAGAGACCCGGAAGGACUGCCAGAGCUGCCAGAUGCCGGGGACACUGAGGAGCUGUUGGGGCUGCCGCUUGCCAUUUACCCCAGUGAUACCAGUAACAACCCCAGAACCCAGCAUUCCUGCUAUGAUCUCCACACAGCACCUGCCACACCCCAACGAAAUUCAAAGAGCAAUGGACUGCCCAAGCAAAGAGAAGGAGCUUAAUGAACAGCAGUCUGAAUGUCAGGAUGGGUCUAAUUGCCCUGACUAUUGUCCAGCAACAGCAGAAUCCAAUUCAGAAUCACCAAGAAUUCUUAAAAUACUGCAGAAGUGGAUUCCUACAGUUUCUCCCUAUUUUGACAAGGAGCAUUAUUGUUAUGCAGACCACCAGAUCACUAUUCAAGAAUCAUUAGACCACUUCGGAGCUAUAGUAUGGCCCGGUGCAUUGGCUUUAUCUCAGUACCUGGAAUCAAAUCAACAAGAGAUCAACCUAAAAGACAAAAAGGUACUUGAAAUUGGUGCUGGAACAGGACUGGUAUCCAUUGUGGCUAGUAUACUAGGAGCUUAUGUUACAGCUACUGAUUUGCCUGAAGUACUUGAAAAUCUCAAAUUGAAUAUUUCAAGAAAUACACAAAACAUGAAUAUACACCAACCUGAAGUGAGGAAGCUGGUGUGGGGAGAAGACCUCAAUGAAGACUUCCCUAAAUCAACUCACCAUUAUGAUUUUAUUUUGGCAAGUGAUGUUGUCUACCACCAUACAUCUCUGGAUCCAUUGCUAACAACAAUGGUAUAUUUAUGUCAGCCAGGGACAGUAUUAUUAUGGGCAAAUAAAUUCAGAUUCAGCACAGAUUUUGAAUUUUUAGAGAAACUUGGCAAUAUAUUAAUUGUUACACUUCUAGCAGAAUUUCCAGAAUCAAAUAUCAAGCUGAUUAAAGCCACAGUAAAAGAGAAUUAA